UGCAUUGGUAUUGGUGUCUCGCCGUGUGCAUGUGACAGCAAGUGCAGUUAGUUUCUAACUAAUCGUUUCAGGGAUUUGGGAUGGCACGCAAAGAGUAGAUAUCACUGCAAAUCGGACACAAAUCUGCAUCCCCCGUCGUUGGACUGCGCGAUUUAGCAUCCGGAGGCUGCGGCUAGCCCGCUGCGCUACACCCGCCGCACCACCCCGCCCUCACUUCGCCCACAAAUGGAGGAGUCGGGUCCGCCAAGCAAUCCGUCUCCGGUUGCGUCACGUGGCCGCGGACGUGGUCGCCCGCCGAAAGUGGCGCUUUCCGCGUUGGGAAAUACGCCCCCGCACAUUAAUCCAUCGUUAAAACACGCCGAUGCAGAGGCAUCGCCCACGGCGCCGGAGGAUCAGGAUUCCGGACAGAGCGAGUGCCGGCGCAGUUCGCGCAAGAAAAUCAUCAAGUUCGAUGUCCGGGAUUUGCUAAACAAGAACCGCAAGGCGCACAAAAUCCAGAUCGAGGCACGGAUCGACUCGAAUCCCAGUACCGGCCACUCCCAGUCAGGCACAACUGCAGCAUCCACAUCCAUGUCAACAGCAACAGCAUCAGCCGCAUCUGCAUCCUCAGCCGCGACCGUGAGCCGUUUGUUUUCCAUGUUCGAGAUGAGCCACCAAUCAUUGCCGCCACCACCACCGCCGCCAACCGCCCUCGAGAUCUUCGCCAAGCCAAGACCCACACAGAGUCUGAUUGUGGCCCAGGUUACCAGUGAACCAUCGGCUGUUGGUGGCGCACAUCCUGUGCAGACGAUGGCCGGCCUGCCGCCGGUGACACCUCGCAAGCGGGGUCGUCCCCGUAAGAGUCAACUAGCGGAUGCGGCCAUUAUUCCAACUGUCAUUGUGCCCAGCUGCUCCGAUUCCGAUACGAACUCCACCAGCACGACCACUUCCAACAUGAGCAGUGACAGCGGCGAGCUUCCUGGCUUUCCCAUACAGAAACCCAAGUCCAAGUUGCGGGUCUCACUCAAACGCUUGAAACUGGGCGGCCGGCUGGAGUCCUCCGAUUCGGGGAACUCGCCAUCGUCCUCUUCGCCGGAGGUUGAGCCACCAGCACUCCAGGAUGAGAACGCCAUGGACGAACGGCCAAAGCAGGAGCAGAACCUGAGCCGAAUGGUCGAUGCCGAGGAAAACUCCGAUUCCGACUCACAGAUCAUAUUCAUUGAGAUCGAAACGGAGAGCCCCAAGGGAGAGGAGGAGCAGGAAGAGGGACGGCCAGUCGAGGUGGAACCACAAGAUUUGAUCGACAUCGACAUGGAGCUGGCCAAGCAGGAACCAACUCCCGACCCGGAAGAAGAUCUAGAUGAGAUUAUGGUGGAGGUGCUCAGUGGGCCACCCAGUCUCUGGUCAGCGGACGAUGAAGCCGAGGAAGAGGAGGAUGCGACAGUUCAGAGAGCCACUCCACCGGGAAAGGAGCCUGCAGCGGAUUCCUGCUCUUCAGCUCCACGGCGCAGCAGGCGGUCAGCGCCGUUGAGUGGCAGCAGUCGCCAGGGGAAGACUCUCGAGGAGACCUUCGCCGAGAUAGCCGCUGAGAGCAGCAAGCAGAUCCUGGAGGCGGAGGAAUCACAGGAUCAGGAGGAGCAGCACAUACUGAUAGAUCUCAUCGAAGACACGCUAAGUGAGUCAGAGGUUACGUCGUCCGUGUCGCCCACUAUCGAGCACAUGGUGGUGGAAGAAGUCGUAGUCGAAGAGAACCAGUUGGUGGAUGAAGCGGAUGAAAUCCUUGAUUCCAAGCAAGAAUUUGUCAUUAAAAAAGUAUUUUCAGAGUCAGACAAUAUUGCUGCAAGCUUGAACAAAGACAUUUUCGAGCCAAAAGUGGAAACUAAAGCUACGUGUGGCGAAGUGGUCCCACGGCCAGAAAUGGUCACCGAAGAUGUUUAUAUUACAGAAGGAAUUGCUGCAACUCUUGAAAAAUCAGCCGUAGUAACAAAACCAACUACAGAAAUGAUUGCAGAAACAAAACUAUCCGAUGAAGUCGUAAUAGAGCCGCCACUAAAAGAUGAAUCCGAUCCAAAGCAAACGGAGGUAGAACUGCCCGAAUCGAAGCCAGCAGUAAACAUUCCAAAGUCCGAGCGAAUUUUAUCCGCCGAAGUGGAAACGACGUCGUCUCCACUUGUGCCGCCAGAAUGUUGCACCCUGGAAAGUGUAAGUGGACCGGUACUAUUAGAAACAUCAUUGUCAACGGAAGAAAAGUCGAACGAAAAUGUAGAAACCACUCCAUUGAAGACUGAGGCAGCGAAAGAGGAUAGUCCACCGGCCGCUCCGGAAGAAGAGGCAUCGAAUAGUUCGGAAGAACCUAAUUUUUUGCUAGAAGAUUACGAAAGCAACCAGGAACAAGUAGCUGAAGACGAAAUGAUGAAGUGCAACAAUCAAAAGGGGCAAAAGCAAACACCGUUGCCAGAGAUGAAGGAGCCCGAGAAACCCGUCGCCGAAACUGUGUCCAAAAAGGAGAAGGCAAUGGAAAAUCCGGCCAGGUCUUCGCCAGCAAUUGUGGAUAAAAAAGUACGCGCAGGUGAAAUGGAAAAGAAGGUCGUAAAAUCCACGAAAGGGACUGUUCCAGAAAAGAAAAUGGAUUCGAAGAAAUCUUGUGCAGCCGUAACUCCUGCUAAGCAAAAAGAGAGUGGAAAAUCUGCAAAGGAAGCUAUUUUGAAGAAGGAAACUGAAAAGGAGAAGUCUUCAGCAAAAUUAGAUUCGUCAUCACCUAAUACACUGGAUAAAAAGGGAAAAGAUACUGCCCAAUGGUCACCUCAGCUCCAAACUUUGCCAAAGAGCAGUACUAAGCCACCACAAGAAUCUGCACCGUCAGUGAUCUCGAAAACCACAUCGAAUCAACCCGCACCCAAAGAGGAACAACAUGCAGCAAAGAAAGGUCUUUCCGACAAUUCGCCACCAUCGGUUCUCAAGGCCAAAGAGAAAGCUGUGUCCGGUUUCGUUGAGUGCGAUGCCAUGUUUAAGGCAAUGGAUUUGGCAAACGCCCAGUUGCGUCUCGAUGAGAAGAACAAGAAAAAGCUGAAGAAGGUGCCGACCAAGGUAGAGGCACCGCCAAAGGUAGAACCACCCACCGCCGUGCCUGUUCCUGGGCAAAAAAAGUCGCUGUCUGGUAAGACCAGCUUGCGCAGGAACACCGUCUACGAAGACUCACCCAAUUUGGAACGGAACAGUUCUCCCAGCUCCGAUUCCGCUCAAGCAAACACUUCGGCUGGCAAGUUGAAGCCAUCGAAGGUCAAAAAGAAGAUUAAUCCGCGACGCAGCACGAUAUGUGAGGCAGCCAAGGAUCUCAGAUCGAGCUCGAGUAGCAGCACACCCACUAGGGAGGUGGCCGCCAGCUCGCCAGUUUCCACCUCAUCGGAUUCCUCAUCGAAGCGAAACGGAUCCAAGAGAACCACGUCUGAUCUGGACGGUGGCUCCAAGUUGGAUCAACGACGGUACACCAUCUGCGAGGAUCGUCAACCCGAGACCGCCAUACCAGUACCGCUGACCAAGCGCCGCUUCUCGAUGCAUCCCAAGGCAUCUGCGAAUCCGCUGCACGAUACCCUUCUUCAAACGGCGGGCAAGAAGCGGGGCCGAAAGGAAGGCAAAGAGUCACUGAGCCGCCAGAAUUCGCUAGACUCCAGUUCGAGUGCCUCCCAAGGAGCACCGAAAAAGAAGGCCCUAAAGUCUGCAGAAAUUCUAAGUGCGGCGCUCUUGGAAACUGAGUCGUCCGAGUCCACUUCAUCGGGAAGCAAAAUGAGCCGCUGGGAUGUGCAAACCUCGCCGGAACUGGAGGCUGCCAAUCCGUUCGGCGACAUUGCCAAGUUUAUCGAGGACGGCGUGAAUCUUCUCAAGCGCGACAAGGUGGAUGAAGAUCAACGGAAGGAGGGGCAGGAUGAAGUGAAGCGAGAAGCCGAUCCCGAGGAGGAUGAAUUCGCGCAACGGGUGGCUAAUAUGGAGACCCCGGCCACAACGCCUACCCCAUCGCCCACGCAAUCGAAUCCGGAGGACUCAGCAUCCACCACGACUGUUCUCAAGGAGCUUGAGACCGGCGGAGGCGUGCGCCGCUCCCAUCGGAUCAAGCAGAAGCCGCAGGGACCACGCGCUAGCCAGGGCAGAGGUGUGGCCAGCGUUGCGCUAGCACCAAUCAGCAUGGACGAGCAGCUGGCCGAGCUGGCCAACAUCGAGGCCAUCAACGAGCAGUUUCUGCGCAGCGAGGGCCUGAACACUUUCCAGUUGCUAAAGGAAAACUUCUAUCGUUGUGCCAGGCAGGUGAGCCAAGAGAAUGCCGAAAUGCAAUGCGAUUGCUUUCUCACUGGCGACGAGGAGGCGCAGGGUCAUCUAAGCUGCGGCGCCGGCUGCAUCAAUCGAAUGCUGAUGAUCGAGUGCGGACCACUGUGCUCAAAUGGCGCGCGGUGCACCAACAAGCGCUUCCAGCAGCACCAGUGCUGGCCAUGUCGCGUUUUUCGCACGGAGAAGAAGGGAUGCGGCAUCACGGCGGAACUGCUAAUACCGCCGGGUGAAUUCAUCAUGGAGUAUGUGGGCGAGGUGAUCGAUAGCGAGGAGUUCGAGCGCCGACAGCAUCUGUACUCGAAGGAUCGCAAUCGUCACUACUAUUUCAUGGCGCUGCGAGGAGAAGCCGUCAUCGACGCCACCUCCAAGGGUAAUAUCUCGCGGUACAUCAACCACAGUUGCGAUCCGAAUGCCGAGACGCAGAAAUGGACGGUCAACGGAGAGCUACGCAUUGGUUUCUUCAGCGUGAAGCCUAUUCAACCCGGCGAGGAGAUUACCUUCGAUUACCAGUACCUGAGGUAUGGCCGAGAUGCGCAGCGUUGCUACUGCGAGGCAGCCAACUGCAGGGGUUGGAUUGGAGGUGAACCGGACUCGGAUGAGGGCGAGCAACUGGAUGAGGAAAGCGACAGCGAUGCUGAGAUGGACGAGGAGGAGCUGGAAGCCGAGCCGGAGGAGGGCCAGCCGCGCAAGUCAGCCAAGGCAAAGGCGAAGUCGAAGCUCAAGGCGAAGCUACCACUGGCCACCGGUCGCAAGCGCAAGGAGCAGACCAAGCCCAAGGAUCGCGAAUACAAAGCCGGCCGCUGGCUGAAGCCCUCUGCUACCGGGUCAUCAUCAUCGGCCGAAAAGCCUCCAAAGAAACCAAAGGUCAACAAAUUCCAGGCAAUGCUCGAGGAUCCCGAUGUGGUGGAGGAGCUCUCGCUGCUUAGGCGCGGCGGGCUUAAGAACCAACAGGACACGCUGCGCUUCUCGCGUUGCUUGGUUCGUGCCAAGUUGCUCAAGACUCGGCUGGCACUUUUGCGUGUGCUUACCCAUGGAGAGCUACCAUGUCGCCGGCUUUUCCUGGACUAUCACGGCUUGAGAUUGCUACAUGCCUGGAUAAGCGAGAAUGGCAAUGAUGACCAGCUGAGAGAAGCCCUUCUGGACACCCUCGAAUCCCUGCCCAUCCCGAAUCGCACCAUGCUAAGUGAUAGUCGCGUAUACCAGAGUGUCCAACUGUGGAGCAACAGUCUGGAGCAGCAGUUAGCUGUGGUGCCGCAGGAGAAGCAGGCGGCUCUUCACAAACGGAUGGUAGCCUUGCUCCAAAAAUGGCAAGCUCUGCCGGAGAUCUUCCGCAUCCCUAAGCGCGAACGAAUCGAGCAGAUGAAGGAGCACGAACGUGAGGCGGAUCGCCAACAAAAGCAUGUCCAUGCCAGCACCGCUCUGGAGGAUCAGCGCGAGCGGGAGAGCAGCAACGAUCGCUUCAGGCAGGACCGUUUCCGACGGGACACAACGAGCAGUCGAAUAGGCAAACCCAUCCGCAUGAGCGGAAACAAUACCAUAUGCACGAUAACCACUCAGCAGAAGGGCAGCAACGGAGCCCCAGACGGAAUGACCAGAAACGAUAAUCGGCGCAGGUCCGACAUUGGACCGCCGUCCGAGCAAAGGCGUACGCUGUCCAAGGAGCUCCGGCGCAGUCUGUUUGAGAGGAAGGUGGCUCUGGAUGAGGCUGAGAGGCGCGUGUGCACCGAGGACCGGCUCGAGCACGAGCUGCGCUGCGAGUUCUUUGGCGCUGAUAUCAACACGGAUCCCAAGCAGUUGCCCUUCUAUCAAAAAACGGAUACUAACGAGUGGUUCAACAGCGACGACGUGCCCGUACCGGCACCGCCGCGCACAGAACUGUUGACGAAGGCGCUGCUAUCACCCGAUAUCGAUGUUGGCCAGGGUGCAACUGACGUCGAGUAUAAACUGCCGCCUGGAGUGGAUCCCCUGCCGCCCGCUUGGAACUGGCAGGUGACGAGCGACGGUGACAUCUACUACUACAAUCUGCGAGAGCGCAUAUCGCAAUGGGAGCCACCCAGUCCGGAACAGCGCCUUCAGACGCUGCUGGAGGAGAAUACCACGCAGCAGCCGCUGCAUGAGCUUCAAAUCGAUCCCGCGGUCCUGGAAAACGAGCUCAUUCAGGUCGACACGGACUACGUGGGCUCGCUCAGUGCCAAGUCCCUGGCACAGUAUAUUGAGGCCAAGGUGCGGGAGCGACGUGAUCUGCGUCGCAGUAAACUGGUCUCCAUCCGACUGAUUAGUCCACGACGGGAUGAGGAUCGUUUGUACAAUCAGUUGGAGUCCCGGAAGUACAAGGAGAACAAGGAGAAGAUCCGGCGACGCAAGGAGCUCUACCGACGACGCAAAAUCGAGGUCCUACCGGAUGCGGUUGACGAAAUUCCUGUUCCUGGCAAGGCACUACCUAUUCAGCCCUACUUGUUCUCUUCCGACGAGGAAGAAACUAAAGUCGCAGCGAUCGAACAGCCCGCCGCUGAGGAGGAGCAGGAUUCACUGAACAUGGCACCGAGCACCAGUCAUGCCGCCAUGGCGGCUCUGGGCAAGGCAGUGGCCCAGCCGACUGGAUUGGGGACGGUUGGCAAACGUAAGCUACCAAUGCCACCGAGUGUUACGGUGAAGAAGCAUCGCCAGGAACAGAGGAGCAAGAAGGUCAAGAGUUCCCAGAGUCCCCUGACCGCAACCAGUGCACGCGAGGCCCACGAGAAGUUCCGCUUUGAGAUAAGCGGGCAUGUGGCCAAUUUCCUGCGUCCGUAUCGCAAGGAGAGCUGCACGCUGGGUCGGAUCACCAGCGAUGAGGACUACAAGUUCCUGGUUAAUAGGCUAAGCUAUCAUAUUACCACCAAGGAGAUGCGGUAUUGCGAGGUCAGCGGGAAUCCCCUGUCCUGCACGGAGUCUGUGAAGCACAAGUCCUACGACUUCAUCAAUCAGUACAUGCGGCAAAAGGGGCCCGUCUACAAGAAGCCGGCGGAAAACGAUUAGAAAAUCAAGAAAUUGUGUUCUUCUGCGGCACCAGAAAUCGAACCUGAACCAAAUCCCACACGGAACUAGAACUUUAACUUUAGAUACGAAUUUAGUUAAGCACAUUCGACCCCUAGGAUGCGAUCUACCCCUCGUAGUGGGUAGCGUUUUAAGUGGGGGCAGCCAAAUUGUACAGUUAAUGAAAUGGCGUAAGAUGUAAGUGGAAAAAUUCACAAUACUUUUUGUUUCUUAAAAUUGUCUAAAAUUUCUAAUAAAUUCGCAUUUUCAUU